GGAGGCAUCACCAACAAGUUAUUCAGAGUUUGUAUGGCAAAGACAGCAGGUGGCAACGUACCCAGAUCAGUUUUGUUGAGGGUUUUCGGAGAUGGCGGGAUGAUAGAUAGAGUGGCAGAAACCAAAUGCUUCGUCGAGCUCUGGGAGGCUGGGUUGGGGCCCAAGUGCUAUGGAAGGUUCAAGAACGGCAGGAUCGAGGAGUACUACGAGGACGUCAAGACGUUGACAUGUGACGACCUGAGCGAAGAAACGAUAUCGCGCGCGAUUGCAGAGCAGUUGGCCAAGACUCACAAGACCAUGAAGCUCCCUCAAGACAGCAGCAGACCGACUCUCUUCACGCAGAUGCGCCAGUGGCUGGUGCAGGCAAGGGGCAGUCACGACGACAUGGUGUCUCUGGAGCCAGACUUUGACAUUUCGUUGAAGUGGCUCGAGGAAAGGAUCGCGGAGUUUGAAAGCUCCAUACAGGACAGCUUCGCCGUCGUGUUCUGCCACAAUGAUCUUCUCGCUGCUAACAUCCUGCAAGAGCUGGCGGACGGGAAGCUUCACUUCAUCGACUUCGAGUACGGCGGGGCCAACUACAGCGCCUUCGACAUUGCCAACCACUUCAACGAGUGGGCAGGAGGUACAGACACUGGUCGGCCUGACUACUCCAAGUUCCCGACAGAGCAGCAGAUGGCGAGAUUCUGCUCGCACUACCUCCGUGAGCUGCACGGGAGCGACAAGGUGGAGAGCGAGGUGGCAGGGCUGCUGCAGGAGGUGAAGAUUUUCCUGUCGAUUAACCAUCUGUACUGGGGGCUGUGGGCGAUCAAUAUGGGGACGUCGAUGGGUAGCGCCUCCUUCCCUUACUUCACCUUCGCAAGGCACAGGUUGGAGCAG